UGUUUGUGUGUCUCUGUCUGUACAACCUUAGCUCCAUAAGCCCUAAUUUCCACGAUUCAUCUUGUUCCACCUUCGCCGAAAAAAUGUCUCUGAGGAUAAGGCCAGCUCCCUCCAAGCAAACAUCUGGACCCGAUGCACUGAAUUCCGAUUCGCCACCGGAGACCCCCAAGUCGCCGGCGCGGUCGUCACUGUCCAAGCGGGCGCUGUCGCAGACGCUAACCAGCACGGCGAACCUGGCCAAUCUCCUGCCGACGGGCACCCUCCUGGCCUUCCAGCUCCUGACCCCGAUCUUCACCAAGAACGGCGUCUGCGACGGCGCCACCCGGCCGCUGACGCUUCUCCUCCUCCUCCUGCUCGGCCUCUCCAGCUUCCUCGCCUCCUUCACUGACAGCGUCAAGUCGCCGGACGGCCAAGUCCUCUACGGCUUCGCCACCUUCAAAGGCCUCUAUCUCUUCGACGUCUACCAACCCAGCAGCUCGUCCGGCGAUCGGCUUCCCGAUCUGAGCAAGUACAGGAUGAGGUUCAUGGAUUUGAUUCACGCAGUUCUCUCAGUGCUCGUGUUCGUCGCGGUGGCUUUGAGGGACAAGAACGUGGUGAGUUGCUUCUACCCGGUGCCCGGGCGUGAAACUCGGGAGGUCCUGGACAUCGUUCCGAUCGGAAUCGGCGUCAUCUGCAGCUUGCUGUUUAUGGUUUUCCCGACCAGAAGGCACGGCAUUGGUUACCCUCUUACUUCAGGCAAUUGAUUGGAUUGCCUUCUCCGGCUCUCGUUUAUUAAUUUCCCAUCCAUUUGGUUAAUUACCUGUAAACACCUGUCUAAAUUAAUAAAUUCCCUUAAUUUAA